CAACAUAGUAGGUCGUCUUCGUCCUAAAAAAUCUAGGGUUUUCAUGUUAGCAAUAAAAGGCUUCACCUUUCUUGGGUUUGGCUCCAAAGACUUGAACUUUAGCAGAACCCACAAAACCCAUUUCAGCUUCAACAAAACCCAGAAAAACCCAGGUCGGAUUUCGAUGGAGAAAGGUGGGUUGGACUCCGACGGCCGGGAGUUCAAGACAGCGGAGGAGAUGUGGAGGGAGGAGGUGGGAGACGAGAGCAAGAAGACAGAGUGGUACAAGGAAGGGGUUGGGUACUGGGAAGGUGUGGAGGCUUCAACUGAUGGAGUGUUGGGUGGGUUUGGGCAUGUGAGUGAGGCUGACAUAAGAGAUAGUGAAGCUUUUCUUAAUGGGCUUCUCUCUGAGGUUCUGCCCAAUGCUGCUAAUGGCCAACGUCACCUUGUUGCUCUUGAUUGUGGUUCUGGCAUUGGGAGGAUCACAAAGAAUCUGCUCAUAAGGUACUUCAAUGAGGUUGAUCUUCUGGAGCCUGUGACACAUUUCUUAGAAACUGCUCGCGAGAGUUUGGCUCCUGAGAAUCUGAUGGUUUCUGAUAUGCACAAAGCUACUAAUUUUUUCUGCGUGCCUCUUCAGGAAUUCACCCCGGAAGCAGGAAGAUAUGAUAUUAUAUGGGUUCAGUGGUGUAUUGGGCAUCUCACAGAUGACGACUUUGUGUCAUUCUUUACAAGAGCAAAGGUUGGAUUAAAACCAGGUGGUUUAUUUGUCCUCAAGGAAAAUAUUGCUAGAACCGGAGGAUUCGUGUUAGACAAAGAAGAUCGGAGCAUCACGAGGUCUGAUUUGUACUUUAAGGAGCUCUUCCGCCAGUGUGGACUUCAUCUUCACAGAAUAAAGGAUCAAAAUGGAUGGCCUAAGGAAUUGUUUGCAGUGAAAAUGUAUGCAUUAACUACUGAUUUACCUAAGAAGGUCCAUCGGACAAGAUCUAAGGUGCAAGCCAAUAGACCAGCAAUCAUCAAGUGAGGAAUUCUCUCUUGGAAUUACUAAUGAUCAUAUUCCCUUGCCAGAUAUUUGCUUCUUGAACUUUUGUAACAUGGCAUCAAUUCUUUACUUUAUGUGCUUGAUGGUGCACAUUGUUUUUCUUUCUUUCUUGUAUAUAACGUACUAGACUACUAGUGAUGAUAUGAUUAUUUUCCUUUGAUUCCUUAUGUAUCUUGUACCCCUGGCAAAGUAUAAAAUAAUAUUUACUGAGACGUUGAAAGUGAUGGUCUUCAAGCUCCC